AAUUUAUUUAUUGAUGACAGGUGGUCUGGCAAUCUACAGACCUAUGCUAUUUAUAAUGUAGUCACUGACAGAUUUUAAAAUUUCAAUGUAUGUGAGGAAGCCGUGUUGUAAUCAAGUAAUCGAAACAGACAAAGCAAUUUAUAGCACAUUAGCGCAAUGAAUUAGACCAAGGCCAUAAAACCUCACAUAACACGUGUAUUUGUUUAUUCGACCCUGACCUUUACCGAGAGACAAGUCCGGACUUGUUCACUCGUUCUCUCGUAACACGUUUUAUGAUGGGGCCCGUAUAGAUAUAGAAUAUUGAUUUAUAUUGCAAUUGUCAAUCGGUGUACAUGUCCAUACCUGCCAUGAAGUCCACGUGUUAUUGGUCCCUUCAAAUUGAGCGAGAUUUAAAUCUUUAAAACCCAGCAUUUCACAUGGAGUUGUUAAUAGCUGAUACAUGUGUAAAUGAUAAUGUAUUGAUAUGCAUGUAGAUGAGGCUUUUAAGUUUUAACAUGACUUGAAGCUGGCCAUAACAAAGCAUCAAGGGAUAUUUCUGAACUUCUAUUUAGUUGCGAAAAAAAAAUGCCUUCAGGAUUUCAGAUGGUCAUAUCAAUAUGCCUGCGGACAGGUAUGUCCCAGGCCCAAAAAGUGGGAUCCUCCCCUAAACUCGAGUCGGAUCGAGGGCAGACUGAAAAUAAUAGUACAGAAAAACUGGAAGAGAGUGUGACCAGUACAGUAUCAGAGACGGAGCAGACCGAGAGACAAAGAGCUCUGGUGAGGGCUGGUUCCAACAGAGCGUUGAACCACCCACCACAGACAUCUGGUCCAGCGGCUGGCAGUAGCCCCUCCCACAUGAUUGUAUCAGAAGAGAUAACAGUUGGAGUACCACUGUUCAGACCUAAAAAAGAGUUCCUGAAAAUCCUAAAGAGUGGAGGGGCAGAUUGUGAUUUUUUGACAAAGAAAGAGAUGUGUCACUAUCUAAAGGAAUAUGUGUUCAGGAAGCGGUUAUAUAACCCUCAUGACCCCCGAGAGGUCAACUGCGGGGAGGAUGAGCUUGGUCGCGUCUUCAAUGUCCAGAAAUUCACCAUAUCAGAAGUUCUACACCUGAUUCACAAAAACUGUAACCAGCUGCCCGACUCUCAACUGAAGAAAACUCAGAUCUUGGUAGCGCGACCUGUGGGUAGGAGCCAUCAGGGGACUGGUGCUGCCACCUCCACACAAAUCACUCAUGUUUCAGGGGAGGGGUUUAGCCCAGUGGUUUGUAUAGGCCUGUGUCACCCGACCUCUGUCAUUGCAAGCACUGUCAGCUCAUCCAGCUCAAGCGGUGCUUCCUCAGUCCAGUCCACGUCUAACUCACCCCUGAGGACCUCCAGGGAGGCAGGGGAUAGUAGGCAGCCCAGGCGCCGCUCAAAACGACGGCCGAGGCCAAAACGGAGAAAGGCUGAGAGAACUGGAACAGAUCAGAAUCAGCCAAGUACGUCAGGCGCUAGUGGCUCUGUUCCUCCACACAGUAGUCAGCAGGAAGGUUCCUCCAGUAAGCCUGAGGAUUCAUCUGACGACCUUUGGUUUCUGGAGGAGGAAGGGCCGCAGGAAUCGGAUACAUUCUCCAUUGAGUAUGAACUGGAGGAUUCAGAGCCCACGGAUAUCUUAUCCGAGUCUUCAUCAGUCAUCUCAGGGCAGGGUGUAAUUGUGGUGUGUUCAGACAGUGAUGUGGAAUUUUGGGCGGAUGAGAGCGACACCGAGUGGAACGAAGCAGACCACUGGGCGUGCGAGUGUGGGACUAAGAACAAACCCCCACAGCGCCAUUGUAUCUACUGUUGGAAGAUCCGGCCCGGCUGGCUGGCAGAGAAGAGAAAGCGGUCAUUGUCCAGCGAGGACACAGACUCCAGUAAGAAGGUGAAGGACGACUUUGACUCGGGGGUGUGUCUGUCCAGUCAGGACACCACGCCCUCGCAAACCAUGGAACUCCACGAGCUGGGGACACGGCGAUCCCUGCUGAACUACCGCAGCCAGUCCCCGGUACAGAAGGGGCCGGAGGACCCGUGUGUUAUUUGUUUAAAGAGACCCAAAACAGGCAGCAUCAUCCACGGAUCCACGGGACAUCAAGUGUGUUGUUACCCGUGUGCCAAGCGCCUCAAGAGGAGGAAGGGAAAAUGUCCCGUGUGUCGGCGGAAAAUUAAAGACGUUAUACGGAACUAUGUUCUAUAAUGAAAAAGGAAAGUGCUCGUGCACCUUGCCAUUUUGCUUAAUAUGCAAGAAAUCAUUCAUGAUUUAAUCAAUUUUUUUGUUUGAUGAUAAAUAAUCUUUAUAAUUUAUGUAGGAUUUGAUUUACAUGAUCAAAGAAUUUUGUUUUUGUGUUUUGGUUUGUGUAAAUUGUUUGGUUUGUGUAUAUUUUGUUAAUUAUUAGUUACGUCUUUGUUAGU